AUGGAAGACCCAGUAAUUCACAGAAAUUACUUUUUCCUUUUGUGGAUCUUUGUCACCUUUGCGACUGAUUCUCAAGGUACAUGGACAUUACCUUAUAUUAACUUUACUGUAAUUAAUUUUGUCAUGAAAAAAGAAAGCAAGAAUCUCAUGUUUUUCCUUUUUUUCUUACAAAAAGCUUUCAGCCAAGGAUCGAUUGGCAACUUUUUCUAUGUCAACUUUAUGAUCAGUGAAUUUUCCUACCUGAAUAUCACAAGUAUUGGACGGAAUCUUAUUCAAGUCGAAAACGAUUGUGGCUACGCAUGUCUAAAAAUUCCCUCAUGUUUUUCUUACAACGUUGCUACCUUCCCUGAUGUCAACGGCAAACUUCUGUGCGAACUCCUGCCAUCGGACAAGUUUAACAACUCCGACAAGUUCAACGCCAGCAGAGAGUUUCAUCACAUCUACGUUGCGGUGAGUUUACUUCUAAUUUAUCACAAUAGUUUGGUUUUAAGAGGAAAUUUAAGAGCUACGCUAGUAGACCUACUACUCUACCAAGUUUCGAAAGUUAGCAUUUGUAAACGAACAACGUCAUGGAUCUUUGCUGGGAAAAUCUUAAAGCUUUUGACUGUUGAUUUUGGGUGAAAAGGUAGUUUUCUAACUCUUAACAUCUACCAUCUACCGAUGGUCAGACAUACCUGAUUCAAACUCAGCCUACUUAUACUUGGUUAAAUCGAUAUUUAUCUUCGAAUGUCCUAAUUACGUUUAUAAGGAAGGCCAAGACAGAGCUUUCGACUGACAUAGUUACCAACAAAAAGAGUUAAAAGUUCGCAAAACACGUCAUUUUGUAAUACCAGGUAUUUACUCUAUAGAUACUUCUCUUUUACGCUAUUCUGCCGGUUAGACUUUAUUAUGCACAGCAAAAAGUCGUGCAUGAAAGCUCGGGUGGCAUCUCCACGAAU